UUCAUCUAAGACUGAGAGGCUGGAAUUUCUGAACAUUUUGUUAUUCUUUUUAACUUUUUUAGUCUAUCUAGUAAAUGUUUUCUGCAAAUUUCCAAAAUCAACCCUGCGAAGUCCUGAGAUUCGGAGUUGGAAAACCGCCAAAAUAUUUUCAGCAAGAAUGCUUUAAACUGAGCCCUGAGUACUAACUGGUUUACUAAACAUUCCUUGCUAGAAGAGAAAACGACAGAGGCGGACUAUCCACAAGCAUUUACCCGACAAGAAAAAGACAUUUUCUACCGUUAUAAACUCARAGAACACAACGAAACUUUAGUCAUACGUAGAACUUUGCGUUGAUAGAAAACUGACAUACUUUGUGUUUCGACCCAAGGAAUUUUCARAGAACUUGCAGUGAAUGAUAUCUUGAAAUAUUUUACGAUGGCAGAAAACGCGACYGCUGUUAUCACGUACUGGGGAGAACCUGUUAGUUCAAGAGUGGUGCGCCUUGCUGUUUUCGCUGGCGUUAUAAUCGCGUCGUUGUUCGGAAACAGCUUGAUUGUAAAGACAGUGUUKUGCGUGCCACGAAGACAGGUACCAUUCUCUUACAACCUUGUCAUGAACCUCGCAAUAGGAGAGUUACUUAACACAAUCUGCUUGCCUUUUCUUGUUGCUUAUGACGAACUGUACUCCUGGGUUUUUGGCCAGUAUCUUUGUCAGAUUAUCAGCCCAAUCCAGAUACUUGCCAAUUCUGUAACGACCAGCACCCUUGCAGCCAUUGCAGUCUACCGAAGUAGUGUCUUUAUUUUUCCCAGAGUCAUCACCCUCAUGGGAUUGCCAAAAGGCUUCUUAUGCGUAGCGCUUUGUCUCUGGGGAUUAUCAAUUGGUCUCGCCCUUCCMAAUUUUUUGUUCAACGUCCAAGUAGAAAGCUUAGCAUCUGGAGAGCAUUUCUGGUGCAUCACUCUCUUUCCCGGAGACACUAUUCAGRCAUUUCCAUCUCAMGCUUUCAAGAUCUUGAUGUUGGUACAAAGCGUUGUGAACUUUGUGCUAACUUCAUCCAUCAUGGUUGUUGCCUACGGGAUCGUGAUGUUCAAAAUCAAAGCCACGGGAGUUACACUUAACAGCUCUCGCACAGAAGUGGAUCCUACWCCAACGGUAGAGGAGAUUAGCCUACAAGAUAUGCGACCAAACGCCCAGCCAUCCGCACAACCAACCAACGAACCCGCACAAGAAACCGUCAAAAAAACAGUCAACAUUGACUAUCUCGAAGCAGACCUUUUCAAAAUGUUUUACGCCAUCAUUUUAAUCUUCAUCGUCUGUUAUUUCCCAUAUCAGGUCGUUUUUAUGCUGGAAUACUUUGGCGUUCUCACUCCACAAUGGAAGUACUUCAUUUUCGUGAGGAAGUACRCAUUUCUUUUGACGUGUUUCCCAAGUGCGCUUCAUCCACUCUGCUACGGAUUGAUGACGCAGUUUUAUUCUAAAGCCUUUUCGAAGCUUAUUCUCUGUAAAUAAGUCUGUUACCUGUUAUCUAUCCGCCUCGCGCCUCAUGGUACAUAGGGCCUUGUAAAUAAAUCUAUAUUACCAGCUAUUUCACUACACCAAACAACAUGUACUAUAGCGUUUAUAUUCCUAACAAUUCAGCGUUCGAAGAAUCAGACAGUUAAUUGUAUCAUCACUCUAUAAUCCCAUAUAAGCAGCURUUGUAUUAUUUUCACAUUCUCUUUCCUUUCCAAAUUAAAGGUUAAUUUUCGMWUUCUUUUGAGGGAAAACUAUGACUUAUGGAAUCAGUCUAGUAUAGUUUAGGAUGAUAUAAUUAAUCAGUGCAAUAUAGGACUACAUGUGUGUCCAAUUUGGAAAUAAUGGAAUUCAAAAAAUUCCUCUGMCUGCCAAAUUGGACUCAGCCUAGCUAUCGGCCUCUUCCAAUUUUGUCAGUCCUUGGAGUUCUUUUCAUCCAAUUAUUUUCAAAUUGGAYAGCAUGCAGUCCUAUUACCUAUACCUAUUGUCAAAAUAUAUUGUUUUUACAGUACAAGGACACUCGAGUUAACCGUGGAACAUUUCGAGUUUUUGUCACCUUUUUAAAAUGCAAAAAAGGCAUCCCUUGAAUCAAUCGAUUGGAAAUAAGGUUUAUUUUGAUCGCACGGUGUAGUUGAACUUAAUUGCUUCAUGUUAGAGAAUUUGAAACAGUAGCAAGUUGAAAAAGUAGUAACCUGAUUACAAAACUCGAAGUACUCAUGGUUGGAGUGUCGAACUGUAAAUUUUACUCACAUGUAAAUGAAAAAAUUACAAAAACUAAGAUUUACAGCACUAGAUUUUAUUAAUGUUACUAAGUAUAAAAAAACAUUGGAUAGUAUUCUAGAAGCUUAGUACAAAGUUGGCAUUUAUACGACGUCCAUAAGGAAAAUAUUUUUWAAUGUUAAAUAUGGUUUUUAAGAUUAUAUUAAUCUGUCCUAAAAUGUAUUGAACGUCUAUGCCUGCACCUAUUUCGAAACUAAAUGUUGUCGGUCGGAGAUGAGUGUAAAAUAUAAAAUYUUAUACGAGUAACUAUUGUAAAAAUGUAAUAAUUCACAGUCGAACAAGAUAGUUUYCUUUUAGAAUGGAAUAUGAAGCAUGACCUUUGAGUUGUAGAAAUGUGAUUUUUCGUAAUUUAGCCGCGUAAGAGCACGRAAAUUCUGCAUAGGCUCACAUCGCCCAAUGCAGAUCUUCGACUGACAAAGUGUUGUCAAUAUAUUAAUUUUGCAUUUGUUAUCUAUAAAUAAUGUUAGUG